ACUCGCGCUAAACUGACGCUAAGACGUUCCAAAUUCAAAUUUGCCGCGCGAAGUGACAGUUCGAUUUAUUCUUUUUUUUUUCUAAACCGGACCCCGUUAGGUUCGAGUGUUUUUUUAAAACAACAAUGGACAGUUGAUUUUUUUUAUUAUGUCCGUGGACUAGAGUUUUUUUUUAAAAAGAAGAUUUUGUUAAAGUUUCUAUUAGCAUUUUCAGUCGAUUUCGGUCUCUUGGCUGUGUUAAGUUGUUAACAAUAAAAGCUGUCAUGACGAAUACAAUGCAUUUCCUAUUUCUCUGCGCGUUCUUAAGCGCAGUCACGGCGUAUUGGCAUCCAGAUCUACCGCCUGGUCCCUACUGCGGUAUAGACAAUAAAUGCUGCAAAGACAGAGAGGAUGGCUGUUCACACAGAAUAAUCGAUACUCUGUGCUACUGCGACGAAUUCUGCGAUCGUUAUCACGAUGAUUGCUGUCCGGACUAUCAGAAAGUGUGUCGGCAUGAAAAUGAGAAACCUUUACCCUUUUUGAACCCUUGCAGUCACGGUGGCAAGUUUUACCUCGAAGGAGAGACCAGAAGAGUCGAUUGCAAUACUUGCAAAUGCGUCCGCGUGAGCGAAACAACCUUAAGCUGGUCCUGUGAGAAUGAUCCUUGCAUCAUGGACUCGGAUGUGAUAUUUGGAGUUAAUCGCGGUUCAAGUUGGAGAGCCUACAACUACACGCAAUUCUAUGGAAGGAAACUGAAGGACGGCCUCGUAUUUAAACUAGGUACUUUACCUCUGAGCCGCGAGACUCGACUCAUGGGCCCCAUUAGGCACGACAAAGACAUUAACUAUCCGACACACUUCGACGCCCGCGAACGCUGGCCAAAUUACAUUUCGCCAGUCGUGGACCAGGAGUGGUGUGGAUCUGAUUGGGCCAUAUCGAUUGCUACAGUUGCUUCAGACAGGUUUGCCAUCCAAUCCAACGGUGCAGAAAGUAUGGUGCUGAGCCCGCAGUCACUCGUGUCCUGUAAUCGCAAUCAGCAACGAGGCUGUCACGGGGGCCACAUCGAUGUCGCUUGGAACUUCGUACGAGGAAAAGGGAUCGUAGACGAAGAAUGCUUCCCCUACAAAGCAGCAGACACUAAAUGUCCGUUCAGAUCCAAGGGCAACCUUAUCGAGGCUGGUUGCAGAAUACCCGUCAAACAAAGAACAUCCAGGUACAAGGUCGCACCCCCCGGCAGGCUGAGCAACGAACGUGACAUCAUGUAUGAUAUCAUGGACUCUGGACCAGUACAAGCGGUCAUGACUGUCUAUCAAGAUUUCUUUCACUACCACGAUGGUGUUUACCGUCGCAGCCCGUACGGUAACCAGCACAUGAAGGGGCUACACAGCGUCCGUAUCGUCGGCUGGGGUGAGGAACGCGGAGAGAAAUACUGGAUUGUAGCCAACAGCUGGGGCUGUAACUGGGGUGAGAAUGGCUACUUCAGGAUCCUGAGAGGUGCAAAUGAAGCUGAUAUCGAAUCAUUCGUGGUGACCGUCCUGUGUGACGUCACUAGGGCCUACCAGAAGAAAUAACAUAGGAACUAUCUAAUAACACCCCUGUGCGUGGUCAGUAAACCGGUUAAAACCAGUCGGGGGUGGAUAUUACUGAAUAGUACGAGAAAUUUCGGAUGAAAGUAAUUUGAGUGCAUGAUUAAAACCUUUUUUAUGAUUUCAUGUUAAGUUAUUUUUCUUACAAUAACAGCAUAUUGUAGUUUUAUUAUCGGUUUCAUCUAUAGUAUUUUUUUAAAUGCGAAAGUAACUCUGUCUUUCAUUCAAACCAUUGAACCAAAUUUUAUGAAAUUUGGUAUGAAGUAAGCUUUAAACCCAAGGCCCUUGGCCUGCUCCUAUUUAUGGUGAUCACCUGGCCGAAUCCGCAGGCGACGACUAGUAAUUUAUAUAAUCUUGCUUGUUCAUUAAACAUUAAUAAUAGCAAAUCAUUACGAAUUUUAUAACUUUUCAGUUUUUACGAUCUGUGUGUACUUAACUAGACGAGCUAAAAUUAUUUUUAAUUUGAUUAACUAUGUCAACGAUAUUGUUUUUUUUACUUAAACGAUAAUAAAUCUACGAUAUGCGGUUUUGAUAAGACAUUUUCGAUCAUGCACUCAAAUAUUUUGUGGCUGUUCGAGUUACAGUGAUAGUGUGUUUGAGGAUUGAUUUGAAAGAUUACAGUGAUUUACGAUGAUGGUUAUACAUUAUGUGCAACACAAAACGUAAAGAAACUUAAUAUUCAGUGAACAGUACACGCUAUUUAAAAUUGAAAAUCGAAGCUUCGCGAAGUUCGACAAUACAAUAUUUUAAUAUUUCAAUAAACGGUUGCCACGUGUUAAAAAAAACGAAAAUUAUUCUAUUAAAAAAAAAAAUGUUUACAACAUGUAAGCUCAUUCAUUAUUUUUGUAUUUCGGACAAUAUCAUUCGCUUGCGUCACUUUUUAUUCCCACGUGGAUGACAUUUGUAAUCUCGUUCAUUGAAUUGAAUGAACGAAAAAGAUAAUCGAAAUCAAAACUAAUAUCGGUUUAAUUCUAUAUAAAAAUUUUUAGGAAAUUUGUAUUAACGAGUGUAGGGAAAAGUGCCUAAGACAUUCACUGUUCCUUACUCAAGGCUAUUUCACGGAUUGUAUAUUUGUUUUGUAUUACACAUAAUGUAUACACGGCUUCAGAUAUUUGACGAGUAUUUUUAUGUCAAUGUUAUUUGGACAAAUGUAUAUUUCGAAUAAGCGGAAAUAAAUUCUAGACUAUUUUUUUACGAAAUAUAACGAUGUAGACAUAUAUUUUUAUUAUUAAAUAUUUAAAAUUUACAUGUUAAACGUCAUUAUAUGGUAAAUUUAUCAAAUAAUUAACAUCGCACUAGUGAUAUGAAUAAGAUUAGACACUCUUGAUCCUUUGAAUUAAUAUACGAGUUAUUUUUCUAGUACUUAUUAUACGUAUUAAUCGUAAAAAUAGUGAGUAAAUUUUUUUGCUGUAAGCAAUUAAGAAAUUAUUUAUUAGGGUUUUCUAUUUUAAAUAAAGGCUUGUUUAAGUUCAGUAUUUAUGCACAACAUGUAGAAACGUAACUGCCAUUUUUAAUAUAAGUAAUUUAUGCCUGUUCCACACAUGUGCUUUAUUACGACGCAACGGCAAAUUAAAUUUAUGACAUUUCGUAGAAGAUUUUAAUGUUCUAGAACAUCGAUUAUUUAGCUUUGCAUGGCGAUUAUCUAUGCCUGCCCUUAUUUUACCAUAAAAAUGUGAUACGUGAUAAUUAAUAUCUUAUUUUAAUAUACUGCUUGUUUUUUGAAAACUUGAUUUUCAUUUGGAAAAAUAAUUUAUUUUCUAAAAGCGCCAAAAAUAAAGCACGCAAUACCGAGCACUGUCAACCACUAGUCUUAUCAAUAAAAAAAAAAGUAUUUUUAAAUAAAUUUAUUCUUCUUAUAAAGUCUACAUAAAUAGACAAUAGCUUAUAUAUUUUUAGAUAUACAAUUUUAAAUGUAAUUUAAGGAAUGCACAGUUUAAAAAUAGCUUAGCGUCUAUGGACAUUGAGAAUAGAUAAUUUCAUGCCUAACUUAAAAAAAAAAACUUGUCGCAUGCUGCAAAAAGCUGGUAGUAAGUAAUUACUGAGAUUACAUACCACUUAAAAAAAAUAUUAGACAAUGAAAAAAUAUUAACAACAU